AUGACGACAUUCCAUCUUGAGAACGAUAAUGCUGUUGGCGGCCAAGAAAAAUUCGUCGCUUCUGGAUUACCAACUCCAUCAACCCAGGUCUCGCCUCAGAUUCGUGGCAGCGUCCCCGUGGACACCGCCAAUGAGACCCAAGCAACUCCGAACCCGACAGCAUCCGAGCCAAUGCUCAGCGCCGUGGUAUAUGAAGGCUACCAAUUCUUCAAAGCAGACCCGACGACGGGGCAAAAGGCAACAUGGAAUCGGGUGGAGCGCACCCAGAUGCACCUCUCGCAGGGCGAGUUCUACAAGAUGGUCCAAAAACGGGCGAACAAGGUCUCAGCUGUACAGCAGUAUCAAAACCUGUCCGACACCCGCCGUGCUCAUGUGAACCAGUUGAUCCAUGAGCAGCGGCGGAAUGACCCCUCGGUGGAAUGGAGCUGUGUCUAUGCAAAGGAACGCGACAGACCAUCGAAGGCCCGCAACGCCCAUCGGGAUGAUUAUGAGACCGUCUCGAUGGACAUCAUCUUAAUGAAACGACCCAUAAAAACCAAGUCAUAUCCAAGGACACCUAUGGGAGAUCUGGUGGAACUUGAUAUGCCCUUCCGGAAUGAUCAUAAUAGCACAUCAGCAAUGAUGAUGCCACCGGGGAAUCCGGCAACAAAGCCAUUCAUGCCGGGUCAAGUGAUUGGCCCCGGCUAUGUGGUUCAGGGUCCCCUCCCACGACCGGUGUCAGUAACGUCGCCUUUUACCAGACUUGACCUGGGGCAUCCUGCCGCGGAAGAUCAAUUUAUAGGCAUGGGUGGGCACACGGCACUUGAAAAAAAUAUGGAGCACGAUGCGGGUUGGUCUUCUGAAGAAGUCGAUAGCGAGGACGACGACGAGUCCAUGAUAUUUGACCAAUCCCCAUCUAGGAUGAGCUCUGAAACAGCGCAUCCUGACAAUAUGGAUUCAAACACCACAACCAUCUGCACAAUCCACUCCGCGGCAACGCUCGUGUAG